AUGGAGAACCGUCAUCAUACAGGCCAAUCUGUCUCCUCAACGUCGUUGGAAAGGUGUUUGAGGCGAUUCUUGUCGGGAGACUCGAGGAACACGUUGAGUCUGUCACCUAACCAGUAUGGUUUUAGAAAGGGGAAGUCCACGAACGAUGCUGUCCUGAAGCUGAAGCAGGAGAUCCUGUCCACCAUUAACUUUCCCUGCGAGAAGUUCUGCCUCGCUAUAAGUCUCGACAUACGCAACGCGUUCAAUUCCAUCGGGUGGUCCGAGGUGAUGGCUGCGGUCGAUGCACUGGAGGUACCUGCGUACCUUAGGCGCAUAUUGGGGGACUACUUCCAAGGAAGGACGGCGGAAACGCAGGCGGGCAAAAACAUAGGUCAAAAAAAUGUGUCGGAGGAGAUUAGAACGAUUGGCCCCUCUUUAGCGGUGAACAAAACAGAGGCAGUGUUGUUCACCAACAAGUACAAGUUCACAACUCCUGCAGUCGUGCUGGAUGGUCACCCGCUGGAAAUCAAACACCAAAUGAGGUACCUCGGGAUGGUGGUGGACCGCAGAUUGUUGUUUAAGGAACACAUACCUGAGGCGGCAGCGAAAGCCGGAAGGACGGCGAAUCAAUUAGCACGGCUCAUGCCAAACAUCGGAGGACCGAAGCAGUUACGCAGGAGACUAUAUGUCGCAGUAGUGCAGUCCGUGUUAUUGUAUGGUGCCCCUUCGUGGGCUCAUACAUUGGAUUAUGCUCCAGCUAGCGUAGUCCAACUGAAUAGAACGCAGAGGACAUCACUUCUUAGGUUAGUAUAUGCGCAUACAGAACUGUAUCUGAAACGGCAGCAAAUAUCCUGGCCGCGGUACCUCCGGCAGACCUUCUUGCUAGAGAGCGCAGCUUGGUAUUCGACGAGAAGAGGGCUGGCGAAGCGACAGGGCUUCCACCGAGGGCAAGGACGUUUGCAGCAUGGCGCGCCAGGAUAG